CAAGAGAGAGAGCCUCAUACCUUUCUUUUCAUUUUGUUCAAUCGCGUAGUCUCACACAAAAGUAACGAGAUUUUACAAAUUCGAAAAAUUUCAAGGAUCAAGAUACAUAUCUAGUACCUAGUUCGGAUUUUCUUAGUCGCGGCAUUGAGGAGCUUGGAUUAGUUAGGCAAAACCCGCCCUACCAGAAUAUUCGCCACAUCUAAAAGUCCGCGCUUAAUUAACGAGAUCCAUUUAAUCCCAUCAUAUCCUAUCACCCUAUCAGCCCCACCCCGCUCCAUCCAUCACCGCUGGCAACGCACCCCUCUCGACGUCAAUAUCGGUCGGUACAUCCAUCCAUAGCACCCGUGAACCCUAAACAAUGACCAAGCAACCGGGCCCCCUCCUCGCCAUCGGCUGCGAGGGCAGCGCGAACAAGCUCGGGAUCGGGAUAAUCUCGCACGACCCGGCGACGGGGAAGUCGGCCAUCCUCGCCAACAUCCGGCACACCUUCGUCUCGCCUCCAGGGACGGGUUUCCUCCCAAAAGACACAGCGCGACACCACCGCGCGUACUUCUCGCAACUGACGAAGUCCGCGCUAGCAUCUGCGGGGAUCACCGACCCAUCCACACAGCUGUCAUGCGUAUGCUACACCAAGGGCCCAGGCAUGGGCGCGCCGUUGCAAUCCGUAGCAGUAGCCGCGCGCACGCUGUCGUUGAUGUGGGAUUUACCGCUCGUCGGCGUGAACCAUUGUGUGGGCCACAUCGAGAUGGGACGGGAGAUAACGGGGGCGGAGAACCCGGUGGUGUUAUACGUGUCAGGGGGUAACACGCAGGUGAUCGCGUACGCGGAGCGACGGUAUCGGAUUUUCGGGGAGGCGCUUGACAUUGCCGUAGGCAACUGUCUAGACCGGUUUGCGCGCACGCUGUCCAUUAGUAACGACCCGGCGCCGGGGUACAACAUCGAGCUUCUGGCGCGUAAGUCCGCUGGUCAGAAGCUGUUGGACCUGCCGUAUACCGUGAAGGGUAUGGAUUGUAGCUUCAGCGGGAUUCUGACGGCGGCGGAUUUGCUGGCGGCGCAGAUGAACGAACAACAGGAGAAGAUCGCGCGGGGCGAGGAGGUUAAUGAAGAAGAUCGGUUCGGGCCUGAGGAUCUAUGCUUUAGCUUACAGGAGACAGUGUUCGCCAUGCUCGUGGAGAUCACCGAGCGCGCCAUGGCACACGUGGGGAGUAACCAGGUGCUCAUCGUGGGCGGCGUGGGGUGCAACGAGCGUUUGCAGGAAAUGAUGGGACAGAUGGCUAAAGAAAGGGGUGGGAGUGUGUUUGCGACAGACGAACGUUUCUGUAUAGAUAAUGGCAUUAUGAUAGCCCAUGCUGGUCUUCUUGCAUACGAGACGGGAUUCCGUACACCGUUAGAGGAUAGCACAUGUACGCAACGAUUUAGAACAGACGAAGUCUACGUCAAAUGGAGAGACUAAAAUUACUAAAACUUAAAUAU